AUGGUUCCGUUCACUCUCUUGAGUAUGGUUACAGCUUCAACUUUUGGCGUUGCGCUUGCGAGACCACCUGUAAAAUUCCCGAGGUCGCCAUUCCCUAAUAUCACAGCCGCAUUCGCGGCCGGUAUUGAGUGCUUUCCAUUCGAGGAUCCGCAUUGCUGCGUUGACAGGGCAGUCUGCCAGUGCAUUAAUGGGACGUUCUUCGGCGUGAACGUGAUAGAAACCAAUGCAAGCGCUUCGCUCUGCUUGCCUCCGGGAAAUGUAACUUACGGGCAGGAUAUGGGAAACAUCCCCGGGUUCUGCUGCUAGAUAGGGGUAAGCUCUGGCAUAGUUCGAGGAACGAGAAUAGUGGAUGUUGUGAUGUGAGGAUGGUAUUCUCGGAAAAGGAUCGACAAAGGUCACUCGCCAUCCUAUAUUGGGACCUCUUAG